AUUUUUUGACAGUAAAAAUACUUUUUACUAAUCGUCUAAACAUUAGUAAAGUAAAUUUUGCCAAAAAAAGUUUUCAUUUUUCAAAAGAUAAAACCAAUUUAGAAUAUUCUAUUGUAAAAAGCGUAUUGUGUUUAUAGUUUUUGACGCAAACCGCGGACAAUUUUUAUUUGAAUAAUUUUUCGAAAAUGGAUUUAGAAAAUUGUGUUUUGGAGCUUAUCAUCAAAAAUCCAAAUGGUGUAACUAAUAAAAUGUUGCAAACUGCAAAUCCUACUACUGGAGUUGCUGAACUUGUGGAAGUAAUCAAUAAAUUAACAGCUGCUGAUAAAAUACAAAUAUUUCAUAAAGGGAAGCAACUAGUUUACAUGCUGAAGGAUCCAGAGUCUGUAAAACACUGUAAAGGAGCAGAUGCUGAAGAAAAACUUAUUUAUCAACUAAUUGAGAAAGCUGGAAACAAAGGGAUAUGGAUAAGGGAUCUUCGUUAUGCCAGUAAUAUUCCUCAAACUCAAGUUAAUAAAAUUCUAAAGAGCUUAGAAAGUAAAAAGUUGAUAAAAUCAGUUACAUCUGUUGCAGCAUCAAAGAAGAGAGUGUAUAUGCUGUAUAAUAUUGAACCUGAUCGCUCAGUAACAGGUGGCACUUGGUAUAGUGAUCAAGAGUUUGAAUCUGAAUUUGUAGAUGUUCUCAAUCAGCAGUGCUAUCGUUACUUGCAACAGGAAAAAGCAGUUGCAGAUAAACUCUCUGAUCCUGUAUCUCGCAGAAGAGCAUCAUUCAAAUCAUCCAAAGAUAUUUGUGAUUACAUUAAUGGUCUCAAAGUUAGCAAAGUGCAGUUGAGCAUGCAGGACAUUGAGACAAUACUGGAUACAUUGGUUUUUGAUGGAAAAGUAGAAAAAUCUGUUAUCUACAAUAACUCGACUUCAGAUGAAGAGAACUCACAAAAAGUAUAUGGAGUUAUUAAACCUCUUCUUUCUAAUUGUGGAUUGAUGAGAGUUCCUUGUGGUGUUUGUCCAGUCCAUAAUGAAUGUCGUGAUGGUGGCAUUAUUUCACCAACAACUUGCCCCUACAUGAAAGAAUGGCUGGAAUACUGAAAGAUCAUUUAAUAAUACAUUCAUAUUCAUAUAUUUUUUAAAUCAUCAUCAUUGUUUUUGGGGGCAUUAAUUGUAGAAAACAUGUGAACCUUCAAGUUCUAAGGAAAUUAUGUUCUAAAUUCUGAAUGUUAAUAAUUUUUAAAGCAAUGAUUUGCAAUCUUUAUACUUUCCUAUUAUUCCAUGUGUUCAGUCUUUUUAUUUUGAACUCCCUAAGAUUCUAUCAUUGAAAGACCCUCUAUGAUAAUCAAUUAACCAAAUUGUAGAUCUUUUCAGUACAUUGAUUGAAUUUAAUUUUAUGAAUAUUAGAUUGAAAUAAUGAUAAAUGUAAUCUUAUUUUAGCAAUGCAUCAAUUUUAGGAAUUUUGGAGCUGCAUCAAAUCAAAUAAAAUUUGUUCAUAAUUAUAUGCAUAAAGUGUAAAUGCUGCUUCCACCAGUUCUAUGGUUAUAAAAGGUAGUAAAUAUUUCAUUCCUCCAUUACUCAGCCUUAGUACUCUUCUUUUGCUGCUAUCCAGUACAUUUUUAGAUUAGAAUGCUUUUAUGUAAACAUGAGGAAAUAAAAUUUUAUAAUUUUUUUCUCUUUUAAUAUUGUUUUUUUAUGUUCUCUGCUGUCACCAGCAUUAUAUUCAUUGAUCCCUAAUUAGUCCACUGCAUAUUUUAAAACAUAGGCAUGCCACAGUUUGAAAAUCAUUGCUUUAAAUCGUGAAUGUGUUUUAUUUCGGUUAAAAGAUAAUUCAAGUAUAUUUUGUUCUUUUUAUUUUAAACAUUAUAUAAAAAUGUUAUGAUUUUUAUUAUUACGUCAGUGAAGUAUUUACGUCAAUGUAUAUUUUGCUAGUAGUAAGAUUUGUAUUACUAUGUCCAAAAAAUUCCAGAACUUAUCUUAUUAAGAGGAAUGAGUACAAAACGUACCAUUUAAUUUUCUUUUGACUAACUACACUGCACAGCUAUGAAUUUUUGUCUUUGUUAUUGUAAUGAUUUUGAUCAGAAUGGUAAGUGUUUCCCCCCCCCAUAUUCACCAGUGUUUUUGUACUUCUUCAGAAGUUGAGAAUUGUUACCUCUUCAACAAAUUCUUCCUACGAAGAAAAAAUUGCAUAAAUCUAACUACUGAACUAGUUGUGAAAGUCAGUGUCAUAGCAGAGGUUAAUGGUACCCGAGCAUAAUGUUUUCCCCCUAGUCAUGUCUUUAUAAUGUCACUGUCACUUGUUUUGCAAGUGUAAAUUGCAUCAGGAGCAUUGUAACAUUUUUUCAGACAGUCACCAUAUUUUUCCUUAAAAAGUGGAAAAUAAGCCUCUAAUGUUUUGUCUCCCUGAACCCCUUCUCCUUUACCCAGUCACUACACCUCUAUAUCAAUAUUAGAACAUGAAGUUUUAACAUUAAAUUUGACACCAAGUGGGUGCUGUGAACCCCUUUCCCCCCCCCCCAUUGUUGUAAUGGAACACUCCUGAAAUAGCCUUCCAAAGACUUGUUUGCAUCUCAUUGAUAUAUACAGACAAUUAGGGAUUAUGAUAUAUUUUUAAUUGAAUUUUUCAUGUACUAUCCUCUAGCAAUCAAAGAAAAUGUAAUAUAUUUUCUUUGUGAUUGCAAGUUUUGAAGCAUGCUUUGCACAUGUUUGCAUUAGAUAAAACAGUUCUGGCUGACCUACUACUACUUGUUAAUUCAGAAAUGGCAUAAUUCAUUUACAUUUGGGGGAGGGGGGAUUUAAAUUCCAGAAUUUUUUGAACAUAUUAAUAGAAUAACCAACCUCUAAAAAGUCUGGUGAUCAAAUUUUUAUGAAAAAGUUUUAGAAUAGGAUAUAUUAAAAAGAACUUAAGCGAAAGUAUCAUAUUGAGAUACGAGAUUGAAUAUGUAAAUGAGAUUCAUAUUACACUUCCCAUUCUUAUUUAAUAAUUUAUAUUUAAAACUUUUAAAAGUUGAAAAUGUUCUUAUCAUACUUUAAAAAAUAAUUUAUACAUACAAAUUACCAUAAUAAUUUAUUACGAAUGCAUUAGCUAGUUUUUAUAAUGUUGUAAUAAGUUCUUUUAAUA